GACGCAUGCGCAGUGUCAUAACUUAAAAUGAGCAGGAAGAGAGAUUUGUCAUAAUAAUUUUUGUAAACAUUUCUAUUUUCUGCAAAUUUGGUUGGAUUAAGCGAUGUAAAAUGGGACUGGAUCCACUAGAGUUUUCGGACUGUCUUACGGACAGUCCGAUUUUUAGAACGAAAUUGCACGAGCAUGAAAAAGAAUUGGAAAGAACAAGCAAAUCUAUCAAAACAUUAAUCAACGAUGGAAAGGAUUUGUUAAGUGCAUCUAAACAUCUGGCAAAGGCUCAGAAACAGUUUUCCAACAGUUUAAUGGAUUUUAAUUUUGAAUGUAUUGGACAGCAACAGACAGACGAUGAAAGAUUAAUUUCGGGAGCAUUAAAAGAAUUUGGUUCAUUGAUGAGCAGAAUAGAAGAUGAAAGAGAAAGAAUGCUUGAGAAAGCAAAUGAGCAGUUCAUCAAACCGUUGGAACAUUUUAGAAAGCAACACAUUGUUCAAGCAAAGGAAGGUAAGAAGGCCUUUGACAAGCAGACACAGAAAUUCUGUGCAUCAUUAGACCGUUACUUGAGUUUAAAAACCAAAGUUCCAGAUUCACAGUUACAAGAGAAUGAUGCUCAGUUAGAACUGGAAAGACGAGGGUUUUAUGAACAGUCUAUGAAAUAUGUGUUACAGUUACAAGAGGUGCAGGAGAGGAAAAAAUUUGAAUUUGUUGAAAUACUUCUUGUGUUCAUGUACAGUUUGCUUACAUUUUAUCAUGAAGGUCAUGAAACAGCUGCUGAUAGUAAACCAUAUUUAGCCACCCUUCAACAUACAUUACAAAAGACACGGAACAAUUUUGAGACAACAAGGGAACAGGCAGAGAGUCUGAUGUUGAAAAUGUUGGAUUGCCGUGGCAACCUUAUAUCGAGCUCAUACCAGAAUUAUGCAUGGCCAGAUUUAAUCAACCAGACUGCAGAGAAGCCACAAUCUUUGAGCUUAACAUCAAUGGUGAGACCGAUGGACCAAACUGGGUCAUUACGUGGUACGUGGACUAGACAAGGCUAUCUCUACCUCAUGGAGAAAAAGGCAUUGGCGAAUUCCUGGACAAAGUACUGGUGCUGUUACAAUAAAGACACAAAAAAAUUCUACAUGUUGCCUUUUAAUCAAGCUACUGGCAAAAUGAUGCCAAACGGGGAGACUGUUACCUUGCAGUCUUGUACAAGGAGGGCGUCGGACUCUAUAGAUAGAAGAUUCUGUAUAGAUCUUUCUGUGAUGGAAAAAACUAGUGUUCUAACAUUCCAAGCAUUAUCGGAGGAAGAUAGAAAGCUAUGGAUGGAUGUGAUGGAUGGUAAAGAACCAAUAUACAACAAGCCUCAUAGUACUACAGAAGAUUCAUCAUUGGAUGAAGUAGGAUUUAACUUUAUCAAAAGAUGUUUGUGUGCAAUAGAAAAUAGAGGUCUUGAUGACCAGGGUCUAUAUCGUGUGGUGGGGGUCAGUUCUAAAGUAAACAAACUUAUAACAUUAGGUCUGGACAGGAAGAAAGCUGAUAAACUGGAUCUGAAUGACCCGACGCAGUAUGAGACUAAAACAAUAACUAGUGCUGUAAAACAUUAUCUCAGGACACUUCCAGAACCAUUAAUGACAUUUAAAUUACAUGCUGACUUUAUAUCUGCUGCCAAACGGGAGUCCCAGAAUUUACGACUGCUGGAUAUACACACUCUCGUACAUAAACUUCCAGAGGCUAACUUUGAAAUGUUAGAUCUUAUAAUAGCUCAUCUUAGAAGAGUGUCCCGAAAUGCUGAUAAGAAUUUAAUGACUGUAGCGAAUCUUGGUGUUUGUUUUGGUCCGACGUUGAUGCGGCCGGAAGAAGAGACUGUAGCGGCCAUUAUGGACAUCAAAUUCUGUAACAUUGUGAUAGAAAUACUAGUUGAACAUUAUGAUAUGGUUCUCUUUUGCAAGGAAUUGACAAUUUUUAAACAAGCCCCUGAGGAUGCUGAACUACGCACUAAUUUAUCGAAGAAUCAGUCACAAGAGCAAAAUGCAAACAGACGUAUAAAAUCAAUGGCUCCCGGCCCGCCUGUAAAUCAUAUGAGUAAGCCUACACAUGUCACAGCAACUGCACAGAGUGUGCCGCAGUCGCCUCGGCAAUAUGCAAAUAUAUCUUCCGGUCUUCCAUAUUCACAGCAGCAACAACAACCGCCGCCGCCUAACAGGGGAAAGUAUAGGCCUGUAGAUGUGUAUAAUCCUACUACAGGAAGUUUUGAGACUCAAACAAAUAAUAGCAUCAGUGGAAGCUCAGAGUCCCUGAACUCUAACCAGUCUAACCAUGUGAACAGUUCUCCUGCCUUAAACCAGUAUGACCCGUCGCGGCGGGGCUAUCCUGUGCGAGGCCCCGGUACAGGGCCGGUGUACUCUAACAUCAACGUCAGUGAAUUAGGUCACAAAUGCCCUGUUGAAAAAAUAGAGUUUGAAAACACAAAAUUAAAUGCAAAUCGACUGAUUUUGUCAACUUCAGAUGUUCCUACUUUUGGAAGCAUCAAGAAAAGGACAUCUAAUGAUCACUCAACAAAUGUUAUGUCAACAUCUAUGCAAGGUACGCCAACUUCAGGAAGGACUUCAGUGAGCAUGACAGGAAGUGUUUCAGGAAGUCUGGGAGGUGGUUCUACAAAUAGUAACAACUCACAGUCGAAAAGGAGAAAUGUACGGACAUUAUACCACUGUGAGGCUGAGAAUUCUUCAGAAUUGUCGUUUGAGCCUAAUGAGAUUAUUAAAAAUGUGAGACCAUCCAAGGAGCCGGGCUGGCUAGAGGGGUCGCUGAAUGGCAAAGUUGGCUUGAUUCCAGAAAAUUAUGUUGAGUUUAUAGACUGACAAGUGUAAGACUCGACUCAUUCUGCCAGACAUACUGUGAAGUGACUUAUAUAGCAGUACAGUAUAGACCUGCUGUAUUUAAGAAACUUCUAGAUGGUCACCCCUCCCUGGUGCUUUUUCAUUUGGAGUGAAGCAAUAUGUGAACAUGUUUGGAUAUGUUCUUUCCUUGUGGGUCCUGCUUAUGUAAUGACUGUGUAUUGAAAAUAGUUCAAGGCCAUAUAUUAUAUUAAGACUGGCCAAAUGUUGGAAUUGUGAAAGCCACAAAAUAGGAAGUAUUGAACUAUUGUUACAUUUUUCUCUCACACAUAAAUUAGCCAUACAAUGUUCAGUAUAUUGUAUAAUAAGUUACUGUUGAACUGGUUAUAUUCUGAUUAGAUAAAUUUUCACAUUUCUUCAUUCAUCACUUUCAUUUGUGAAUAAAUAUGUAAGCUUGAAAUUGCAAAUAAGUAAAUACACUAUUCAGCAAUACUUUCAGUUUUUGAAUAAGAUGAUAAUGCAAAUUCAUAAAUAAAAAAGACUCAACAUUUUGGUCAAAAAUGCAAAAUUAUUGUCUACAUGAUAUCAAGGUGUCCUAAAAUGUUUUAGAAAAGUAUUGAAAAAAAAAUGUACAAAAGUCAUCGUUAAUGUAUAAUUUUUAAGCAUAUAAUUGAAUUUGGUGUAUUUGAACUAUUUUCAAGAAAUAAUGAAAUAAGUUUAAGACACUGUUUUCUAUUAAUCAGUCAUUUUACAUUGUAAGAAAAACAUUUAUUUUAUCAAUAAUAAUAUUAUAAUACUCCCUAAAAUUUGAUCAUUGUUUUAUUAUUCUUGAGUUAUUGCAGAUAGUACAUGUAGUAAGGUUAAUUCUUUGUUGAUAAUGCAAAUCAAGGUAGAUAUCAAGUUUUUAAUAUGUAAUGUGAAAAUAAGUCAUCAGUUUCAUUAUUAUGCUGCCAAGAUAGAUAACUCUUACAUCUGAAAUAAGCAGGUUAUUUUAGAGUGACAUCCCUUUGAUAUGAUAAAAUUCAUAGUAAAUACACAUUCACUUUCCUUGAUUCUAUCUAGUGUAGUAAAAUCAAGGCAAAUAAUGGUAAAAUUGACAUUUCAUGCAUUUAGUGUGGCCAGGUAUAUGUAGUGUUCAGUUUUUGAAUUUACUUAGCUAUACAAAAAUAUAUAAUUAAUAUAUUACAAAAUAUAUAAUAAUUGUAACAUGCAUGGAUUUUACAUGAAACUAAAUGUGUUUUAUUGCUUUAACAAUGAAUGUAGACACCUGAGGUAAAUUAAAGAGUGUCUCAAAUUUUUAAAUCGUUAUUUACAUAGUACAUACAUACAUGCUGUGAUAUAAACACUGUGUAAAAGAUUAUUUUGAAAGCGGGUCCUAAAAUGAAUGUUUUGCCCAAGUCACUUGUUUGAGGCUAAGCCUCGAGGUUAUCAAACUUUUUUUCUAAGUUAUGUCUUAAAGGAACUUCACUGAGGUCCAAAAGCCAAAAAAAUAUGAAAUUAGAAUUUCUUACAAAUACCGGCAUGAAAACUCGAUAACUUGAAGAAAUAUACACAGAAACAUGUUGAAAGUUGUGUUUCUGUGCUAUUUUUAGCCUGAUUUAAGUUUCGGGUCAUUUUCAACAUUUCGAAUAAUGAUUCUGGAGUCAGCCAAUGAUCUGAAAUUUUGCACAUAAGUUAUUGGUCUAGAUCUACCUCAAAUGGAAGAAUAAUCUCAAAAACUUAUUUCUAGUCCUGUCAUGUAAAAAAAAAAUCUCAGUGGAGUCUCUUUAAAUCUCAGGAUUUUCAUUGGUUAGUGAACAUUCUACAGCAGUUUCUGACCAAUCAGAUACUCGAGAUCUGAGUUUGAGCUGGGAGGAUUUCUUUAUAAACCUUUGACCCUGGAGUAGAUGGCAGUCUUCAUUUUUCUUCAGUAAAUCUCCAUGAUCUUAGAAUAUUCAACUGACUAACUCUAAGCAAAAAUGAAAUGAAUUCGUAUCAACAAGGCAAAGCAAUCCAGUUGAAUAAACUGAUUUUUUUAAUUUAUUUAUAUUUUACACGCAUUUGUCAUUUUGUAAUAUAUUCUGAUAUGCAAAAUAAAGUGUAUAUAAUUUCUAGGUGAUACAUGUAUGUUGUAGGUAUCAUUUCUAUCAGUAAUGGGUGUAUUAAAAUUGUGGCCAGUUUAUCAAAUAUAGGUUUAGAUAUUUUUUUUCAUUAAACGUUACGUUUGUUUAUUGCUAGUUUUGAUAUAUAAUUGUGCUAUGUUUUUCUCCACCGUGUUUCAAACUUGUAUGUGUACAAGGCACGUGUAGGGAGAGCCAUCUUAUUUUCACGUUCCACUAGAAUACAGAACUCUUGCCAUUAAUAUUUACACAGUUAUGUCCCUUCAUUCUUUCUUUCAACUUGAAAUUCUGUUUCUGUUUUUCUGUACUUUGACUUUUUUUCAAGAUAUUGCUUUGAAACAUUGUAUACUUACAUGAAACAUGCAUACCAAUUUUAUUGUAAGGGUAAGUAACUCUGUCAUGUAUUUUGACACAAUUUUCCCAUUUUGAUUUUAAAAUUUUCAUUGGCCUGAUUUAAUUCUAACGUCAAGUACUACAAAAAAACAAAGUGAAUUGCCUUAAAAACUUUUUCCGCUCUUUCAAUGGAUAAUUUUACAACACACAUUUAACUUGCUGGUUGAAAAUAAUGCUACAGAUUUGUGUGUGAGUUCUUUAUUAUGGCAGAAUUUUUUUUAUCAUUUAAUUCAUUAAAGAGGGGUAAGGAUUAAUUACAAAAUAUUAAACAAAGGUAAUCGUUGAUAUUUAUGCUACAGAUUCUUGUGUGUUCAUUAUUUUGGCAGAAUUUUUCAUCCUCUGGUUCAUUAAAGAAGGGGUAGGGAAAUAAGUUUAACAUAUUAAACAUAGGUGUUCAUUGUACAAUGCAAUAAUGCUAUGGAGGGAACAAAGAAAGCUUCAUGAAAUAUACACAUUUCAUUUUCUUUCCUCGUAUUGGUAAAAUGUGAGAAUACAUGAAAAGUGUUCUUUUGUAUUUGUUGAACUUUGCUUUAUAUGAAUUAUACAAUUGUAGAUACUUUUACCAUUAUGUCACAAUACUGUUAAAACAGACAUUUACUCACGUUCAUGAAGUUUCAAAAGUUCUGAAAUUCAUGUAACAUUCAUAACUUCAAGUUUUAUUUUUCUUGAAAUAUAUUUGUUGAUAUAUCUAUCAUGCAACCAAGAAUAUCAAUGGGUGCUUUUUAGGCCUAAAACAUUUCUUUUCUGAACACUUUUGUACAAUACACAAUAUAAGUAUCAUUUGAUAAUGGUGUUUUGUAGAACCAAAACUUAAAAUGUUGUCAGUAACUGAUCUUACACUGCAUCAGGGUUGAUGUGGUCCCCCUCCCCCCAUUUUCUUGAGAUUUUGAAGAUUAUAAAAUUCUCUAUUUUUCAACCAUUUAUCAAAUGAACAAAUAUUUCUGAUUAUUCAUGGGAAUCAUAGCUCAAAAUGUUUAAAAUUUGAUUAAAUGAGAAAACAGUCUAAAUUUUUAGUUUCUGAUUGGCUGAAAUCUGUCAAUGAUUUGAAAUUGACCAAUGAGAAAGAAGCAGCUCCAAAGUGGUUCUCAGAUUAUGUUUUUCUAUUUUCAUAAACAUACUUGUCUGUAUGAACAUCAUUAAUUUACUAGUCUCUGAUAUUCCAUCACAAGCUUUAAGUGCAAUGUUUAUAUUUCUAAUUGUAAGGAAAAACUAAAAAUAUGUGUAAUAUUUGCAUUGUUUUUCUGUGAAAGAAGGCAUCUUAUAAAAAUGCAUUUAUUAUUACCAUGCAAACUUCCCAAAUUUUUGUUUGAUGUGAUUUUUUGUAUAGGUUUUUUUAUCAUGUUUUUUUUUUUUUUUUUUUUUAACAUUUUAUUAUCGAGUGCUCUAGCCGAGAUGUUUCAGCUUAUUAAGGCAUUUCUGAAGAUUAUGUUUUAAAUUAUUGUCAUUUGUUAUGAAUAAUAUAAAAUCGUUCUGUUUUGAGCAGAUUCAUUUUAUGAUUUAAAAGUGGAAUACAUGGUUUUGUUGUUAGUGAGAUAUUACCCGGAUCCACCUGAACUUUUAAAAUGGACUUGUCCAGCUUUCAAACUUGGAAGUGUCCAUAAGAAAUUUUGGGGAUACUAUGAUAUGAUGAAAGUUUAAACUUCAGGUCAGCUUACAGUAUAGAGCCUAGUCAGACUGGGUGGAUGUGCAGGCUGGCCUGGUUUUAUUCUAUUGGUAAAGGCUGAUCAUUUUUCAGGGUCUAAAAGAGUAAGGGAUUAAAAUAGCAUUAAAGUUCAUAGUUACAUAUAAAAUUUCACUUUUCAAAUUUUUGAAAUAAUUCAGGUAAAAAGAAAAUACUGUAGGUGAAAUGUAUUGACAUAUGUACAGUGAAACCUUUCUACAAAGACCAGUAUCAUGGAAAUAGUAAAGGUGUUUGUUUGGGUCAAGUUGUCUCUGUAAAGAAGUAAUUUUUCACCAUAUUAAUUUUUAUUUGAUUUGGGUAAAAUACUGGUUUAAAAUGACAGGAUUUUAUAUGAUAUUGUUUAUGUCUUUUUUUGUUCAAGAGUGGGGCCUCUAUGGUAGUGUGGUUAUUUGUUUUUGACUAUGAAUUUCUGAAAAUUAUCUCUAGAUAGCCAGGUUGAAUUGUUUCAUGGAAGGGACCUGCCAUACUGGCUACGAAAGAUUUAGUUUUACUCCAGUGCUUGCUAUUGUCUGAAAUAAUGCACCAAACUUUUUCCUCUAUUAGUAGAGCUGUAAAUUCCCCCAUAAGAACUUUUACCAUAAUGGUGUGAUUUAACAGGUAUCCAUCCAACCUUAUUUGGCAAAAGAAGCAAAGUUUUGUCUGUGUUUAAAUGAUGCAUAAUACUUUGAAAAAUGAUACUUAAUGUUCUUUUAAAGUUAGAAUAAUAUAUUUUGAAAUUUUUUGUUCUCUAUAUUAUAGGGAUUUUUCUGUUAAAAUGUUUUGUUUAUGGUCUAAAUGUUUUCUUUGUAUGGUUUGUAUUUGCCUAACAAUUACUGUUGAAUCUUUGUAUGACAUGGGAAGACCGCAUUGUUGUCCCAGAUAUAAAAGGGGAGAUAAUCUGGUUGUAUCAACCAUUAUUCAUUGAAGUCUCAUUAUACAGGGGUGAAUGUUUUGAAGUUUUGUGUAUAUCGGCAGAUGUCUUCAUUUCUUUUUCUUAUAUUAAAUGUUAUGUAGAAUUUGUAAAUUUUAAAGAAUACAUUUCAUGAUGAUUUUCUUCUGAAAUGUCUCUUUGGGGACAAAAUUGCACACAUUUGUUGUUCUUGUAGCAAAGUAAUUUUGACUGUAGUUAUUUUAGGGUCAUAGACCUGAUCAUCUGUGACAGGAUGAUUUGGUACAUAUCUGUGAUAUUUAAGGCCGAAAGAAAAAUCUGUUUGAUUUCAAUAUGUUCAAUGUAUUGUCUUUAUAGAUUCUUUUUUUCAGAUUUGAGCUCCAUGUUUUGUAUGGGUAGGUGUAAUAUAUCUUUGGUGAUGUCUGUGCAUUUUUGAUCACCUUAAAGAUCUGUAACUCAUUUUUUUAUGGUUUUAUAUCAUAAAUAUAAUGCUCAAAUGAAGAUUCAUGUAUAUUGUAAGUUCCAAAAAGCAUUAUUUAUAAAGAUAUUACCGAAUUUACAUUUCAUGUUAAAAAGGGAGGUAAUAAGUUUUUUUUUCUAUAAAGUCUAAGUCAAAUUUUUCAAUAAGAAAUGAAUGCACAUAUUUAAUGAUUACAUAUAAAAUAUCAAAUAUUUGCAGUACAUAUUGACAUAUUCUCCGAUGUUCGAAAAUUGUUUUAGAAGCAUACAGUAAAUAUAUAUAUCCAUAUGUUAAAUUUCACUCAAGUGUGGUUAAAAUCUUAAUUAAAACAUACAGGAUCUUUAAAACUUUAACCCAAAUAUAAUUCAUGUUUUAGAUUUGGUUAAGGUUAAUUAUAAUCUGUUACUAAAAUCGGCAUAUGUCAAUUAUAUAGAUUUUUAUAUCCCUCCUAAAUUGUACUAAUUUGAUACCAUUUCAUAUUUAAUAGUUUUGUUUAAUUUAUUAAUUGAUAAGGAGUCUUGAUGUUAACCUGUUAUUAUAGAAAAUAUCUAAAAUUGGCUUGUUCAUCUUUUAAUCUGGAACAUUCAUCAUUUUUAGGGAAAACUGAAUUUGUACUAACUAAGUAGCGAACAGUGUUGACUAUGAUUAGUUUACCUGGAUGUCCCAGCGGAGUAACCUAUAUAAACUUGAGAAAACUUAUAAUGUUAUAGCUCUCUCCCCAGGCUGCUCUCCUCACGUAAAUUUUGUGCUAUAUUAACAUAUAUUCUAUAUGUAACGUUGCUUCACCUCGUUUGUUAUUUCAGUUUUCGGGUUGCUAAUAUGCACUUUUACCCCGGAAGACACUUAUUACAUGUACAGAGUAUUAAUAAUAUAAAAAUUACGUCAUGGGCAUUUACUAAAAAUUCUCAUUUUAUCAUAUCCAUUAUCUUUGUUGGACUACAAUCAUGUACAAUGUAUUUCAGUCUCAUUUUGUUUGAAAUUUACAGAUUAAACAAUGUUGCUAAUACUGAUAUGAAAUUUAUUAACUGUCAAA